GAACUCUCUUCUCAAACUGGAAACCGACUUGUUGCGUGAAGAAGGACCAUAUCGCAAUCAACAGUCAGCACGCAGCUGAAAACAAGCUUGUAGGAUUUACCAAGGUGCAAGCCUUAUCCAGAAAGAUGCAGGAAGUCGUCGUUGUCGUUGACCCGUAUUCCAGCGGGAAAUACCUGGUCCAGGAACUGAAGGACCAGAGCUGGCCGAUGGUGGCCAUCCAGAGCUCCAUGGAACUGGCUCCCUUCUGGCUGCAGCAGCUGGAGUCGCAGUACUUCGUCGAGUGCAUCGUGCACGAAAGUCUCGAGAAGACCCUGGAACAGCUCGCGAAGUACAAAGUCAAGGCAGUCACGCCGGGAAGUAUAAUACUGUUCUUUGCACAUAAAAAUUUUUGGCAAAGUUUUUCCGGAUUCAUUUUCGCGUGUCGCGGUAGAAGUUGCACGUGAGAAAGAGUCUCGAAAAGAUCACAAAAAACAAUCCAAAAACGUAAAAUGCGCAGGUGAACCCGGCGUUUUUCUUUCCGAAGACCUGCAGGAAGGACUUGGCUUGACGGAAGUUAACGGUUCUGAGACCAAGAUGUGGCGGCGACACAAAUUCAACAUGCAGGAGCGGCUGCGCGAGGUGGGCGUGCGAGCCAUCCGUCAGAUCUACGCGAAAGACGCAGAGGAGGCGCUCGAAUGGCAAGUGGACAAAAACAAAGGGUUGUGGCCGAUUAUCGUGAAGCCAGGUACAAUUAGGAAGUUUUUGCGUUGUCGUGUAGUGACGAAGCAAAUAAAAUCUUGAUGAAAAGUGGAGCAGUGAUUUAGUAGAGUUCUCGAUCGAUAGUGUUGAAAAACAGCCAUGUCUGGCGGAACCGAUGGCGUGUACUGGUGCCACUGUCCCGAGGACGUGAAGGCGGCCUUCGAAGCCGAGUGCGGCAAGGUCAACGUGAACGGCGAACUGAACGACUGCCUCUUGGCGCAGGAGUUUUUGGACGGGACGGAAUACAUUGUUGACUGCGUCUCCCACGACUCGAAGCACGUGCUCUGCGGUAUCUGGCAAUACAAGAAGGUGCACGACACGAAGACGAAGUCCAUUUCCUACCACCACGGACGCAUGAUUGCCUCCACGGGGGAGGUGCAGGAUCAGCUUGUUGAGUACUACAAAGCUUGAAUUUGGACGACGAGAGUUUAUUUUACAGCAGAGAACAAAAAUUUUGUUGUUGUUCACUGCUGUUUGCGGGGGCAUUUCAUCGGCUAAAAUAAAGUGCUCUUGGCUCAUGUCAUGAUACAUGUAUGUUGGUUGAUCUACUUGAUGUUGAUUUGCAAAGAACAUUCCCAUCCCCGAAAUAAAGGUACAUGUUCCAGUGCCUGGACGCGCUGGACAUCAAGUACGGGGCGUCCCACGGUGAGGUUAUCAUGACCGUCGAUGGACCGUGCCUCGUCGAGGUCGGUGCGCGCAUGCAGGGGCUGAAAGGCCCGAUGCUGACGGGCAUGGCAACCGGGGUGUCGGUGCAGGAGCUUGUGGCAGACGUCCUGGUGAACGGCGCGCGCUUGCAUUCCGUGCUGCACUCCCAGAACUUCCGCUACGUGCAGAAGAAGUUCUGCGCCCAGUGCAUGUUCCACAACCCGCGGACGGAAGGUAUUUUUUAGGGGUCGUGCUGUUGUUCUUUGUGAUAUGUUGCCUGUUGUCCUCGUCCGCUUCAGUGCUUUUUUUUUAUGACAGAAGUACGAAUGUCUGUGUCAAUCGUUGCCGGCAUUAUUUGCAUGAAUGAUGUAGUUCUGCGAACUGUUACUCUGUACAGGUACCCUUUCGCGCCCAAUCGACGCGGAGGGGUGGGUCCGUGACUUGCGCAGCUGCAUCGGCGUUUUUCCCACGAUCAAGGUGGGCGAGCAGUUGGUGCCAACGCGGGACCUCGCGUCCUCCCCGGGGGCGUUUCUCCUUAUCCAUGCCAACGAACAAGUGGUCACCGACGACGAGGCCGCCGUGCGGAAAAUGGAAUGUAUGGAAAUGAUGUGUUUCAGCUUUUUUUCGAUUUUUACCUGGUGUAGCAACAUUCAUAUCUGCUCGUCUGCCGCGUGUGUGUGGUACUUGCCUACGACGUUUUAAUAUCAAAAGGCUGAUGCAUGAUCAUGGCGCCUUCGAAAAUUUCAACAAUUUCAGCAAAAAAUAACAGCGGAGGACCUGUUCGUGGUGAACGCCCCAGAGACCCCCGUGGACCAAAUGAUCCCGAGUCCGGGCAGGAAAUUGUCGCACCACGUCUCGCCCUACGUGGUCAGCCCACGGCAGGAGUUCUGCCGCGACACCGCGGACGACGCAUUCGACGCCAACCUGCACGAAUUGGAGCUCAACUUCGAGUAUCAAACGUAAAAAUGUCUGGGUCUGGAAGAGUCAUGCUGUUUUUGCAUGACACAGAAGGUCUCGCAUGGAAGCUCUAGCAUCACAGGUUUCGAGAAGCUUCCGCAAUGCCUAAUCCGCAUGACAAAUGCCCCACUUUGGUGACAGAAAGUGGGCAGCUUUUGCUACCUAUGCAUGAGAGAUUUUUUUUGUGUUCUGAAAUGCGCAUCACAAGUCUGUAUUCUUCCAGACCCAGACAUAUUUGCAAUGCAUAUCGAGGACGCUGCGGACCCGCUGAACGACACGAAGGUGGAUAUCCUGAGUAAAAACGUCCCCACCCCAGAGUUGUGAUGCAGAUCUGCAAGCACAAGAGCGUUUGUAAUGCGCGCUCCCAUGAGGGGCAUUCACAAUCGUGUUGUGGAACUUGUAAUGCUGCAAACAGCAUAAGGAGAUCGAUUUGUUAUGCGGCUUCCCUUGCUACACUGCACUACACUACAGCCUGCAAUUUGUCAUGCGUGGUUCCCAAAACUGCAAGGGUUGUGUUGCAAAAUCCCCAUCCUGACUCUGGGGUGGGGACGUUUUUACACAGGAUAGUGGAGGCCCGGAUUUCCCGCCACUCCAACGUGUCCGGCCGGGACUCGCGGGGGCCGUCGGUGGUCUCCGGCCGGGUCAGCGGGGGGUUGCUGGCCAGUCCCGAGAAACAAGCCAAAAUCUCCGUCACCAGCAACAGCUUCGCGGACUCCCCCGCCCUGGUCGGUGCAUAAUAGCAGAAACUGCACUAAGUAAAUUCUCUACGUACAGCUGGGAGCUGCAUAGAGAAAGUCGUGAGUACCAACGAUGAAGAUCAUGAUUAUUGUACAUUGAUUUAUGUUUGUCUUUGUUCACGAUGACAGCGCGAGACUACCCACAAACCUCACAAGCGAAAGGAGUGCUAAAAUUAAUUUUUCAACCUUGGCCUAAGUCAUCUCGUCGUUUCAAAAUGCUACUUUCUUUUGUUUCGUGAUGAAGACAUCACAAAAAAUGGUGCGCAUUGAGUGUAAAACACAUGACGAAUGUUUGGUAUGUAAAUUAAAUUUCGCAAGAGCAUGCUGAUUUGCAUCGCCGUAUUUUGUACAAUAAAAGAGCCUGCUGCAAGGAGCUGCGUGCUACUGUCUGAAGCUAUUGGUGAUCUUCCUGUGAAAGAUAGAACGUACAGUAAUGUGCCCAUGAUUCGACAAGGAAAAGCACCAUGUGUGUGCGUGCCAAGUGGCUACACGAGAU